GCAGGUCCUCCGUCCCCCCUCCCUUCCUGCAAGAGGGGGAGGGGCUGUCGUCUCCUUUGCAAAUGCUUCCUUGGCGGCGCCUCCUGCGCUUUGGCUUCCUGAGUGGUCAGAUGGAUGAGCAAGACUUAGCCGGCCCUAAAGCAGGAAGAGGCCAGGCCAUGGAAACUGGGAGCAGAGGGGGAUUCUGGGAAAACUCUGUGCAGAAGAUCCUGGGCAAGGAGGACACCCUUCGCUCAGAGGCGCAGAGGCGGCAGUUUAGGGAGUUCUGCCACCUGGAAGCCAAAGGACCCCGAGAGGUUUGCAGCGAACUCUACCACCUUGACUGUCAAUGGCUGAAGCCAGAAAGGCACACAAAAGCUGAGAUGCUGGACCUGGUGAUCUUGGAGCAGUUCCUGGCUGUCCUUCCACCAGAGAUGGAGAGCUGGGUGAGGGAAUGCGGAGCGGAGACCAGUUCCCAGGCAGUGGCCCUGACCGAAGGGUUCCUCCUGAGUCAGGCAGAGGAGAGGAAGCAGGAAAAGGAUCUGGUUGCAGAAAUGGGCUCCAAUUCCUCUGAGGCAGAGAGGACUCCGUUGGACACCAGAGAGAGUUCACUAGGUGAAAGAAGAAGGCCGGCAAGACCUCCUCAUCCAUCUUUUCAUGGUGGUGGAGAGGAAGCAGCAGCUGGAGAAGCAGAUCAGGGUCCAGUGUGCUUUGAAGAUGUAGCUGUGCAUUUCACGGAGGAGGAGUGGGCGUUGCUGGAUCCUGACCAGAGAGCGUUGCAUAAGGAAGUCAUGGAGGAGAAUCGUGGGAUCAUGGCCUCCCUUGGUGGUAAUGAAUUGGAAAUGAAUAACAGGGGAGACCACGACAAAAUCCACACAGUAGAGAAACCAUAUGAAUAUUUGGAGUGUGGAGAGAGCUCCAUCUCCCUUUCCACUUCCUAUCAGAUAAAUCUUAUUGGGAUGAAAUCCUAUCAAUGUUUGGAAUGUGGAAAGAGAUUCAGUCAGAGCUCCAAUCUCGCUUCCCAUCAAAGAAUUCAUACAGGGGAGAAGCCAUAUCAGUGCUUGGAAUGUGGAAAGAGAUUCAGUCAGAGCUCCAAUCUCGCUUCCCAUCAAAGAAUUCAUACAGGGGAGAAGCCAUAUCAGUGCUUGGAAUGUGGAAAGAGAUUCAGUCAGAGCUCCAAUCUCACUUCCCACCAAAGAAUUCAUACCAGGGAGAAACCAUAUCAGUGCUUGGAAUGUGGAAAGAGCUUCCGUCAUAGCUCCGGUCUCACUUCCCAUCAAAGAAUUCAUACCGGGGAGAAACCAUUUCAUUGCUUGGAAUGUGGAAAGAGCUUCAGUCAAAGCUCUGGUCUCACUGCCCAUCAAAGAAUGCAUACAGGGGAAAAACCCUAUCAAUGCUGCGAAUGUGGAAAGAGCUUCAUUCACAUGUCCAUUCUCACUUCCCAUCAAAGAAUUCAUACAGGGGAGAAACCUUAUCAAUGUUUUGAAUGUGGAAAGAGCUUCAGAAAAAGCAUCCACCUCACGUUCCAUCUAAGAAUUCAUACAGGGCAGAAACCAUAUCAGUGCUUUGAUUGUGGAAAGAGCUUCAGUAGAAAGAAUCAUCUGACUAUCCAUCAAAGAAUUCAUACAGGGGAGAAACCCUAUCAAUGCUCUGAAUGUGGAAAAAGCUUCAUUCACAGGGUCAGUCUCACCUCCCAUCAAAGAAUCCAUACAGGGGAGAAACCCUAUCAGUGUUUGGAAUGUGGAAAGAUCUUUGGUCACAGUGGCUCUCUCAGUUUACAUCAAAGAAUUCAUACAGGGCAGAAGCCAUAUCUGUGCUUAAAAUGUGGAAAGAGAUUUGAUCGGAGCUCCACUCUCACCAACCAUCAAAUAACUCAUACAGGGGAGAAACCAUAUCAGUGCUUGAAAUGUGGAAAGAGCUUCACCCAGAAGCAAAGUCUCACUGCCCAUCAGAGAAUUCAUACACUGGAGAAACCAUUUCACUGUCAAGAGUGUGGAAAAAGUUUCAGUUGGAAGGAAAGUCUCUCUUCCCAUCAAAGAAUUCAUACAGGGGAGAAACCUUAUCAGUGUUUGGAAUGUGGAAAGAACUUCAGUCAUAGUUCCAAUCUUGCUACCCAUCAAAAAAUCCAUGGAGGGGAGAAAUUGUAUCAGUGCUUGGAAUGUGGAAAGAGCUUCAGUCGGAAGGACCAUCUCACUUCCCAUCAAAGAAUUCACACAGGGGAGAAACCCUUUCAGUGUCUGGAAUGUGGAAAGAGCUUCAGUCGGAAAGAUAGUCUAACUUCUCAUCAGAGAAUUCAUACAGGGGAGAAACCAUAACAGUGCUUCGAAUGUGGAAAGAGCUUCAGAAGGCCAACCUCACUUUCCAUCCAAGAGCUCUCUCUCUCUCUUUUUUUAAAAAAUUUUUUUUUCAAAUAAACUUUAUUGAGAUUCUAGUUAAAAUAAACAUACGCACACACACUUGAAAUAAUAAUGAAAAAAUACAAAAUCAUAAUAGAUAAGAGAUCUAAAAUUAACAAUAUUAACAAAAUAAAUAUAAAUUGAAAAUUAAAUUCAUACAUUCACAUUUUCCUUAAUCUCCCCUCCUAAAUGACUUCCCCUCAUCUCUCUCUCAGGUUCAUUGGAUACUAUAUAACAUUACUGCUUCCCCAUAUAUCAACCAAUAUCUACCCUUAAAUAUGUAAUAUGUGGAAAUUCGACAUCUAUCAUCUUUCUCAACUUGAAUUAAAUCUAAGCCUAAGCUAUUCAAUACGAGAACUAAAAAUAAACGCAGGACUUUACCGUGGGGCACUGUCUUUUCAUGUAUUCUCCGAAUUUGUCCCAGUUAAGCUGGAAUUUCUUAUUCGAAUGCCCUCUAAUUGAAUUUGUCAGAUUAUCCGAAUCUAAAUAUCCAAACAAUUUCUCCCGCCAUUCCUCGAUGUUAGGUAUCUCUUUAUUUUUCCAAUAGGAUGCAAUCAGAGUUCUUGCCACUGUUACCGCAUACAAGAACAAUGUCUCAUCUUGUUUCUUUAUUAUAUUAUCCAUAAUCCCCAAUAGAAAAAGUUCUGGGGUCUUUUUUAUAUUAUAUUUGAGCAUUUUUUUAAUUUCUUCAAAUACUUGGUUCCAAAAUUUCUUUAUUUCCCCACAGUGCCACCACACGUGUAUAAAUGUUCCCGUUUCCUUUCUACAUUUCCAACAUAAAUUAUCUUUGGUUUUAUACAUUUUAUGGAUUUUUACGGGGGUUAGAUGCCAUCUAUAAAAAUAACUUAAUCAUAUUCUCCCUUAUUCCCUCCGAGGCUGUGAAUUUCCAGGUUUUUGUCCAUAAUUUCUCCCAUUCCUCCAUAUUUAUGCUUUUCCCCACAUCUAUGGCCCAUUUUGUCAUCACUUCCUUUACCAUCUUGUCUUUGGUCUCCCAUUCGAGUAAUGUGUUGUACAUUUUGGAAAUUAUUUUGGUAUCUGGUUUGAUUAAAUUUUUUUCCAAUAAAGAAGGUUCAUCCAAAAAUCCUUGUCUGUGUUUGUGUUCGUUAAACUUACUAUGGAUCUGGUGGUAUUGUAUCCAAGCAGUUAGGUGCUGUUUUAUUUCCUCAUAAUCUUUUACUUUCAAAAUUCCAUCUUUUUCUUCUAAUAGAUCCAAGUAAUUUCCCCAUUUCCUCUCUGAAUUUAUCUUCUUUACUGUAAUUAUUUCCAUGGGGGAUGCCCAUCUAGGUGUUUUUUGCUCCAGCAAUCUCUUAUGUUUAUUCCAAAUACCCAAAAGAGAUCGCUUGAUAAUAUGGUUAUUGAACCCUUUGUGUACUUUCAUCUUGUCAUCCACUAGGUAAGCGUGCCUAGUUUAUUGAUUUUCUGAGCCUUCCAAAUCCAAAAGUUCACUGUUUUCUAAUGUUAGCCACUCCCUUAGCCACACAAAUCCUGCUGCAUCAUGGUAUAAGUUUAGAUCUGGGAGAGGCAGCCCUCCCCUUUCUUUGGCAUCAAUUAAUAAUUUGUGCUUUAUUCUUGCAGGUUUGUGGUUCCAGAUGAAUUUCCUAAUGUCUUUUUUCCAAUUUUAAAAAAUAUUAUUCCCUGUCCCCAGGAUUGGUAUCAUUUGAAAAAGGAACAGCAUUUUGGGGAGUAUGUUCAUCUUCACCACUGCAAUUCUCCCUAGUAGUGAUAAAUUUAAUCUCUCCCAAUUAUCCAGAUCUUUUUUUACUUCCUUCCAGGCUCUGUCGUAAUUAUCUUUUACUAGAUUGUUUGUAUUAUUAGUAAUCCAGAUUCCAAGGUACUUUGCUUUCUCCACUACUCUUAAUCCUACUUUAUCCUGCAAUUGGCCAAUUUCUUCCUUUGUUAAAUUUUUCGUAAGCAUAUUAGUUUUAUUCAUAUUUAGAUUAAACCCCGACAGUCUGCCAUAUUAUUUUAUUAUUUUCAAGAUAUAAGGAAUAGUAUCCAACGAUUGUUGUAAUAAUAACAUCAUCCGUGAAUGCUUUCAAUUUAUGAGCAUAUUUCCCGAUUCU